AGCCUGUGCAGAACCUUCACAGCAUCAUGUCUGUGGAAAGGAGAAGGUUCUGAUUGACCAGAAGCUCUCUAACCAGGAGAGGAUCUCCAGUACAGACCAGAAGGAACCUGAACCUCCAUUGAUCGAAAAUAAACAGGAACACUGUGUCAGUCAGCAUGAAGGGCAGUUUCUUCUGAGACGGGAAAAUGUAACUUUCAUGUUGACUUCUCCAUCUGAAGAAACGGAUUGCAUUGAACCAGAACCAUAUGGGAACCAACCUACAUGUCAGUAUUCUACUGGAGCUGAGAACCAAGAUCAGGAUGGAUGCAAAAAUGAAAACGGCAAUGAAGAUUUGACAAAAAACAAAAGUCAUCAACCAAAACAACAAAACGGUGCUUACAGAGGAAAGAGCCCAUUUUCAUGUAAAGUCUGUGAAAAAUCUUUCAGUCACAAUGGUCUUUUAACUCUUCACAUGCGAUGUCACACAGGUGAGAAACCAUUUACAUGUGAAAUUUGCGGAAAAUGUUUCUACACGAAUUAUAUCUUGACCAAUCACAUAAGAAGUCACACAGGUGAAAAACCAUUUAAAUGUAAAAUUUGUGAUAAAUGUUUCUCUUUGAGGGGUACCUUGACUGUUCACAUGAGAAUUCACACAGGUGAGAAACCAUUUACGUGUAGAGUUUGUGGUAAAUGUUUCGCUAGGAGUUGUGGUUUGACUUCACACAUGAGAUCUCACACAGGUGAGAAACCAUUUUCAUGUAGGAUUUGUGGUAAAUGUUACAAUAUUAAAAACCACUUGUCCACACACAUGAAAACUCACACAGGUGAGAAACCAUUUCAGUGUAAAAUAUGUGGUAAAUGCUUCUACAGGAAUGUCGACUUGACUAAACACAAGAGAAGUCACACAGGUGAAAAACCAUUUAAAUGUGGAACUUGUGGUAAGUGUUUCUUAAUGAGUAGUCACUUGACUGUACACAUGAGAACUCACUCAAAUGAGAAACCAUUUACAUGUGAAUUUUGCGGUAAAAGUUUCUACACGAAAUAUUGUUUGACCACUCACAUGAGAAGUCACACAGGUGAGAAACCAUUUACGUGUGAAACUUGCGGUAAACGUUUCGCCAAGAAAUGUACCUUAAUUUCCCACAUGAUUGUUCACACAAGUGAGAAACCGUUUACAUGUGAAACUUGUGGUAAAUGUUUCUCUUUUAGAGGUGGCUUGAUUAAACACAAGACAAUUCACACAGGUGAGAAACCACACAAAUGUAGGUUUUGUGGUAAAUCUUUUCGUAUACGAUAUAUUUUGACUUCACACAUGAGAACUCACACAGGUGAAAAACCAUUUACAUGUAAAAUUUGUGGUAAAGGUUUCCCUGUUAGAAGUAAAUUGACUUACCACAUGAGAACUCACACAGGUGAGAAGCCAUUUAAAUGUGAAACUUGUGGUAAAUGUUUCUCUCAGAGAUGUUACGUGAUUUCUCACAUGAGAAUUCAUACAGGUGAAAAACCACACACAUUAACAUGUGGGACUUGUGGCAAGUGUUGCUCUAACAAGAAACACUUGACUACACACAUGAGAACGCACACUGGUGAGAGACCAUUUACAUGCGAAACGUGUGGGAAAUGUUUCUCUGAGAAAGGUGCCUUGAACACUCACAUUAGAGUUCACACAGGCGAGAAACCAUUUGCAUGUGAAAUUUGUGGUAAAUGUUUCUCUAAGAGUUAUUCUCGGACUACACACAUGAGAACUCACACAGGUGAGAAACCAUUUACAUGCAACACUUGUGGUAGAUGUUUCACUUUUAAAAGUUCCUGGAGAACUCACGUGAGACUACACACAGGUGAGAAACCAUAUACAUGUAAAAUUUGUAGUAAAUGUUACUCUAGAAGUGAUGAUUUAACUUACCACAUGAGUACUCACACAGGUGAAAAACCCUAUUCAUGUGGAGUCUGUGGCAAAUGUUUCUUUAGAAAGAAUGGUGUGACUGCUCACAUUAAAACUCAACACAGGUGAGAAGGCCUUUGCAUUUACAAUAAGGAGCCUCACCCCUGCUUUCCACAGGAGCCGUCAGCAGCACGUUACUGCAGCAGCACGUCAUAGCUGUUGAUAGGAACCGCUGUGGUCAACAGAACCUUUUCCACUGGAGCCGUCAGCAGCGCGAGUCGGCCGCGUCUCAGGAGCAGCAUGUCGCGGCCUUUACGCACCAGUUUUAUUUUCUACGCGAGUCGCCUCUGAAACUGGUCAAGUUCGACAUUUUUGGGGAACGAAAGACAGGAAAUUGGACGCGGAAUUGGAGAGAAGCUCUCGAGAUUUUCAGAAUAAAGAAACGUACUGCCUUCCGGUUGCUUUACUUUUUUUAAAAAGUUACUAAAUGUGCGGCCCCAUGAGAAGUUAUCACCUAGCUAGCGGUCUCCUUUGUUUUUCAGGUCCGUAUUGGCGAUUAUAAAACAGACAGAACAUGAAACACAAACCUUUUGGAGCCAUGUUGUAGUUUUCUCCUGCUUGUUGUUGUGACAGCUGCUCCCCUGCUGCUUCGCGUCUCGUGGGAAGGGCCAAUCAGCAGUUUACGCAAGCAAGACGUGCUGCUGCAGUAACGUGCUGCUGAUGGCUCCUGUGGAAAGCAGGGGUAAGUCAUGCCCAUCUACUUGCAGACCGGAAGUCCCAGGAAGAACAAAAAACUAAUUGCAAGUUCAUGAGGCUAUAAAAGCAAUUUUCUAAUCAAGUGUGUGAAGCAACUUACAGUGGGGCAAAAAAGUAUUUAGUCAGCCACCGAUUGUGCAAGUUCUCCCACUUAAAAUGAUGACAGAGGUCAGUAAUUUACAUCAUAGGUACACUUCAACUGUGAGAGACAGAAUGUGAAAAAAAAACAUGAAUUCACAUGGCAGGAUUUUAUUUAUUUGUAAAUCAGGGUGGAAAUAAGUAUUUGGUCACUUCAAACAAGGAAAAUCUAUGGCUCCCACAGACCUGUAACGUCUUCUUUAAGAAGCUUUUCUGUCCUCCACUCGUUACCUGUAUUAAUGGCACCUGUUUGAACUCAUUAUCUGUAUAAAAGACACCUGUCCACAGCCUCAAACAGUCAGACUCCAAACUCCACUAUGGCCAAGACCAAAAAGCUUUCGAAGGACACCAGGAAAAGAAUUGUAGACCUGCAUCAGGCUGGGAAGAGUGAAUACAAUAGGCAAGCAGCUUGGUGUGAAAAAAUCAACUGUGGGAGCAAUUAUCAGAAAAUGGAAGACAUACAAGACCACUGAUAAUCUCCCUCGAUCUGGGGCUCAACGCAAGAGCUCAUCCCGUGCGGUCAAAAUGAUCAUGAGAACUGUGAGCAAGAAUCCCAGAACCACACGGGGGGACCUGGUGAAUGACCUGCAGAGAGCUGGGACCAUAGUAACAAAGGUCACCAUCCGUAACACUACAACGGCAGGGAAUCAAAUCCUGCAGUGCCAGACGUGUUCCGCUGCUGAAGCCAGUGCAUGUCCAGGCCCAACUGAAGUUUGCCAGAGAGCACAUGGAUGAUAACGCAGAGGAUUGGGAGAAUGUCAUGUGGUCAGAUGAAACCAAAGUAGAACUUUUUGGUAUAAGCUCAACUCGUCGUGUUUGGAGGAAGAAGAAUACUGAGUUGCAUCCCAAGAACACCAUACCUACUGUGAAGCAUGGGGGUGGGAACAUCAUGCUUUGGGGCUGUUUUUCUGCUAAGGGGACAGGACGACUGAUCCGUGUUAAGGACAGAAUGAAUGGGGCCAUGUAUCGUGAGAUUCUGAGCCAAAACCACCUUCCAUCAGUGAGAGCUUUGAAGAUGAAACGUGGCUGGGUCUUCCAACACGACAAUGAUCCCAAACACACCGCCCGGGCAACAAAGGAGUGGCUCCGUAAGAAGCAUUUGAAAGUCCUGGAGUGGCCUAGCCAGUCUCCAGACCUCAACCCCAUAGAAAAUCUGUGGAGGGAGUUGAAAGUCCAUGUUGCUCGGCGACAGCCCCAAAACAUCACUGCUCUCGAGAAGAUCUGCAUGGAGGAAUGGGCCAAAAUACCAGCUACUGUGUGUACAAACCUGGUAAAGACCUAUAGUAAUCGUUUGACCUCUGUUAUUGCCAACAAAGGUUAUGUUACAAAGUAUUGAGUUGAAUUUUUGUUAUUGACCAAAUACUUAUUUUCCACCCUGAUUUACAAAUAAAUUAUUUAAAAAUCCUGCCAUGUGAAUUCAUGGAUUUUUUUUCACAUUCUGUCUCUCACAGUUGAAGUCUACCUAUGAUGUAAAUUACUGACCUCUGUCAUCAUUUUAAGUGGGAGAACUUGCAUAAUCGGUGGCUGACUAAGUACUUUUUUGCCCUACUGUAGAUUUCACAAAUUAUGUCACACUUGAAAAGUCACCUGAUGCAAAGAAAGAGCUGCUUUUUUUUAACUGUGGCAAAAGUUAUUUUGGGUUUUGUGUGACAGUAAUAUAGAAAGCAAACAAUCUUUUAUAUAGUUUAUAUAGUAUGUCUGUGUCCCUCACUAUAUAAAACAUUUUUGAGUUGUAUACUUUUCUAUAAAAGGUAUAAAUACUUGCAACUCAAAACGUUUCAUAUCUGUUAAAAUGCCUUUGUGACAAAUUCUAUGUUGGUUAAUCAACACGGCCGGUAAAACAAUCAAUGAACAUAAGAGUUCAAUUAGACAAAAAUAUCCUAUUCACCCUGUAGCAUGUCAUUUCAAUGACCACAUGUACUGGCUCUUCACUGAGAUUUUAGGGGAUUGAACAGAUCACACUACAUACAGAAGGUGACGUAGACAAAAUACUUUGCCAAUGGGAACUUUUUUGGAUCUACACCCAAAUUCCAAUCCAAUCAUUAGGACUAAAUUCAUUUGAGAUGUCUGCAUUUUUAAUGAAAUAUGUAUUAUUUGUUCUAUGAUGUAUUUCUACCUUGUUGGCUCUGCAGCCUGGUGUCUGCAAUGUUUGUAUAAGAAAUUUCUAUGUGGUUACUAUGAAAUGGACUGCCUUUUAAUAUUAUUACGUGUUCAAUGAUUCUGGGACUUCAUUUCCUAUGAUGCCCUGUGUUACCAUCUCAGGUGUUUGAAAUCAACUAAGGCCUAGUCCACACAUAGCCGUUUUUUUUUUAAAACGAAUAUCCGCCCCUCCAAAAACUUGCAUCCACACCACCUCGUUUAAAAAAAAACUCUGUCCACACGUACCCGGAUAAAUACAUUGUUAAGGACAUGCCAGACCUGUAGGCGGCAGUACGUCCCCCGUUCUUAACCUCGUCCUUUGUCUGUGGUCUUACGCAAGGAGCAGUAAUUCCGCUUGCAAAAACAAACAAGCAAAAAGCGCUUGGACAAUUGAUGGAUCGGGUAGUGACAGAGCACAGCUGUAGUGUAAACACAGGUUGCACACGUGAUGUCAGCAUUUUUUUGUCGCGGAAAGUGACGUUGCGGACCUUAAAACACCGGUUUUGUCUGUCCACACGCAGACACCCAAAACGGAGAAAACGCAGAUCUUCACUUUGGCCGGAGUUUUUAAAAAGAUCCGUUUUCGUGUGAAAAAACUCAGUUUUCGUGUGGAUGACAGGCCAAAACGUAGAAAAAUAUCUACGUUUUGGCAGAUACCCGGCUACGUGUGGACAGGGCCUAAGUCUUAUGAACCAAGCAUUGUUUGUAUGAACUUGAAUCACUCCUAAUAAAAUUCUCUGACCAAAAGCUUGA